AUGGCGUUGAGGGCAGUAGCAGUAGCAGGGGCCCUGCUGCUGCUUGUGGUUGUGGGUUCUUCCGCCGCCGGUGCCGGUAGUGGCAGCUGCCAGACAAGGUGCGGCGACGUGGACAUCCCGUACCCAUUCGGCAUCGGCCCCAACUGCUCCCGCGGCGUUGGGUUUGAGAUCGAGUGCAAUACGAGGAACGGCAGCGGCGACUUGGUGCCGACCCUGGCGGCCACCAGCUUGAGCAUCGUGCAGAACCUGUCGGUGGAGUCGCCUCCAAUGGCGAAGGUGAUGCUGCCGGUGGCAUACAAGUGCUACGACGACCCAACAAAAACCCAAGAUUUCAACGGCGAGGUAGAGCUGAACAAGACCGGCGUGUACCGCAUCUCCGAUGAGCUGAACAUGCUGGUCGUCCUCGGCUGCAACACCAUGGUGUACACCAAGAACGGCAACAGUGAGGGCGGCCUAUACCCGUACCUCUACUACACCGGCUGCAUCGCCUACUGCAACGACUCCAGGAGCGCACAAGACGGCAACCCCUGCGACUACGCCUUCCUCGUGGCCAAGGAGGAGUACGUCUUCCAGAGGUCUGACCUCAAUAAGGAGCUGAACCGGAACAUGCCAGUGUGGCUGGACUGGGCCAUCCGCGACGACGACUCGGCCUGUCCUCCGCUGGCGCUGGGGAAGAAACCACCAGCUGGGUCGUACGCCUGCGUCAGCGACAACAGCGAGUGCGUCAACUCCACCAACGGCCCCGGUUACUUCUGCAGGUGCCUCCCAGGCUACCAUGGGAACCCUUAUGAGUAUUACGAUGACAAGCAGGGCAAAGGAUGUCUGGAUGAGCUAAAAAAGAUCACAAAGAACAAUUCAGAGGUUCUUGGUCAAGGAGGCUUUGGUAAGGUAUACAAGGGGACUCUUGGAGAUAAUACUAUUGUCGCUGUGAAGACCUCAAUUGAGGUAAAUGAAGCACGAAAGGAUGAUUUCACAAAUGAGGUAAUUAUUCAGUCGCAAAUGAUGCACAACAACAUUAUCAAACUUUUGGGUUGUUGCUUGGAGGUGGAUGUUCCGAUGUUGGUAUAUGAAUUUGCGGCUAAUGGCAAUCUGCAAGAUAUUCUCCAUGGUGAUGGAAAUAUCCCUCUACCAUUACACUUACGCCUAGACAUUGCAAUUGAAUCUGCCGAAGGUCUAAGAUACAUGCACUCCUCAACUAAUCGUACCAUACGACAUGGCGAUGUCAAACCAGCCAACAUACUUCUAACGGAUAAGUUCAUCCCUAAGAUAUCAGACUUUGGAACUUCCAAGCUUCUUACUGUAGACAAAGACUUUACCAUGUUUGUGGUAGGAAGCAUGGGCUACAUAGACCCAGUGUUCCAUAAGACUGGUCAUUUAACACAGAAGAGUGAUGUGUAUAGCUUUGGAGUUGUACUACUUGAACUCAUAAGUAGAAAGCCAACAAUAUAUGGUGAAAAUUGUAGCCUGAUCAUUGAGUUCCAGAAGUCCUACGAUAAAGAGAAUAGUGGGAGAAUGAUGUUCGACAAGGAUAUUGAAAUUGAAGAAGACAUCCUCAUCCUUGAAGAAAUUGGCAGGCUGGCAAUGGAGUGUUUGAAAGAAAAGGUUGAAGAACGACCUGAUAUGAAGGAGGUAGCAUAA